AUGUUGCUGAGUGGGCAGUCCACGGUUGAACACGUAACAACCGAUGCCAAUGGUCGUGCAGAGCGCACGUUUACCCUUGGGCCUGAUCUGGUAGGCAACACUGUUGAAGUAACUAUCGCCGAGCAUGAGUCGGUGACGUUCUAUGCUGUGGGCAACUCGCCAUCCUACAUCACUGCCCUUGAGGGGCAUGCUGAUGGUGUCCGGGCUGUAUCGUUUUCACCCGAUGGAACGCUGCUCGCUUCCGGUGGUGGGGAGGGGUUCCAGGAGGAUGGCACGGUGAAGUUGUGGGAUGUGGCGACAAAACAAAAUAUCGCAACGCUUUACGGACAUACGGGUGCGAUCAAUUCUGUGGCGUUUUCGCCGGAUGGAAAAACCCUCGCUUCCGGGUCAAGGGAUGGCACAGUCAAGCUGUGGGACGCGCAGAGUGGACAAGAACUUAACCUGCUCAUAGGGCAUACGGAUUCUGUCAAUAGUGUAUCUUUUAGUCCUGAUGGUCAGACGCUGGCAAGCGGAGGUGGGUUGGAAAUCGCUUUAUGGGAUGUGCUGACAGGUAGUAAGAAGCAUACGCUCACAGGGCGUAUGGGUUCGGUCCGAAGCGUAUCUUUUAGUCCCGAUGGUCAGACGCUGGCAAGCGGAAGUAGUGACGGUACUGUCCGUUUAUGGGAUGUGCUGAUGGGUAGUGAGAAGCAGAUACUCACGGGGCAUACGGAUUAUGUCGAGAGCGUAUCUUUUAGUCCCGAUGGUCAGACGCUGGCAAGCGGAAGUUAUGACGGUACUGUCCGUUUAUGGGAUGUAGUGACAGGUAGUGAGAAGCAGACACUCACGGGGCAUAGGGGUCCGGUCAAUAGCGCAUCUUUUAGUCCCGAUGGUCAGACGCUGGCAAGCGGAAGUUAUGACGGUGCUGUCCGUUUAUGGGAUGUAGUAACAGGUAGUGAGAAGCAGACACUCACGCAUACGGAUUGGGUCAAUAGCGUAUCUUUUAGUCCUGAUGGUCAGACGCUGGCAAGCGGAAGUUAUGACGAAACUGUCCGUUUAUGGGAUGUAGUGACAGGUAGUGAGAAGCAAACACUCACGGGGCAUAGGGGUCCAGUCAAUAGCGUAUCUUUUAGUCCCGAUGGUCAGACGCUGGCAAGCGGAAGUUAUGACGAAACUGUCCGUUUAUGGUGUAGUGACAGGUUGGAAGCAACCUCACGGGGCUAG